GAAAGAAAGAGAUGGAAAAAUGGAAGGCAAGCGUUUUCCACCGCUAGUCGAUAUCCGCUUGGCGGCUUAGUAUCAUGAAACCAGAAGAUCACCGAUUUUCAAAACGAAUAAUCCGUAAAUAAGUUAAAAAAUUAAUCGGUAUUUAACGAUACCAAUAUCUCAUAAAUAUUUAUAAUAACGAUCGAGUGUGUGAGAAUAAUUUGAAAAUUUUUUAAUUUAAAAAAUUGUGAUUUUCGAUCGAUAACAAUUGUGCAUGAGAGAAUAAUUUAAGAAAAAUUUUUAAUUUUUAUAAUAUAACGCAUUGAUAAUGCUGACAAUGUACAAUGCACAAUAUAAAUUGAUAUAAUGAUUAUUGUAAAAAGAAAAAAAUUUGUAAAAGGAUUAAAAUCGUAAUAUAAACAAACGUAUAGUUUUUAUCAUUGCAAUGACUGUUUCAAACAACUACGAUGUAAACUUCUUUUCUGUGUUAAUUAAACGCGUGACCAAGUGAAAAAGUGAAGGACAAGAAAAAGAUCAGAUAGAAAAUGAAUAAAUUCUUAAACAUGUCGUGUUAGUGUCAAUGCGAUCGUGAAGUACAAUUAUUACAAUAAUAUUAUACAUAGGAAAGACAUAAUAUUUUCUUUGCAGAAUUUUAACAAUUUUAAAAGUUUAAUAAGUUAGGAAUAAAUUUUUUUUGUUACACAACUGAUGAGGUAAAAAAUAAUUGAAAAAAAUUUGUUUUUUGCUGAAAACUUUAUUCUAUUUAAAAUGAAAAGAGAUUUUAACGAUCAAAAUGUAAAAUAUUUCAACUAAUUUCUCAUUAUUGAGUGUUUCAAUAAAAAAUACGCUUGUUUUUAAAAGAUAAAAAGAUUCUUACUUAAUAGAUUCUUAUAAAAAAAUAUGCCAAUCAUCGGCUUGUGACAGUGCAAUAUAGUGAUAAAUAAUAGUAAAUAGUGAUUAUAUGUAACAAGACUUUCAUUGACAAGAUCUUAUUCAUUCCUCUUGGUUUUUCUAAUAACACUCUUAUUAGAUUAUUUACAAUUUCCUUUAAAAUUAUGAUAUUUAUUCAUAAAUAUGAAAAUACAAUUAAAAUCGAUAUCAAAGUGGAACAUAAAAAUUCUAUUCUUUUUAAGAUCAAUCAAACAAUAAUUAAACGUUUAAAUAAAUGAGAUUGAAAUUCACGAGAAAUGAAUAUAAUGAAUCAGAAACUUUCUACGUCGAAGGAAAUAGAUAUUAUUUCUAUCGAAUCUAAAUCAAGAGAGAGAAAGAGAGAGAGAGAAUACAGAAAAUACAGUUCACAGCUCUUAACUGCGACGUUUGCUUCUUUAUACUUCUAAUAGAAGUAUAAAGGGAUUGGAAGAAACAAGAAAAAUUCUAAUUAAAAUCAAUGUCAAAGAUAAAAUUAUUCGAUGUAAAUCAAAGAUUCCAAGAAUACGCUUAAUAAAUAAAAACGAAACAGUGGAACAGAGACAGUCCUUGAACAAAUGGAGGAAUGAAGUGAUACGCAUGUUCAACGAAUGCAAAAAACCAGUGAAAUAGCAACGAGACUUUAUUAUAACAUUUCCCAACUGAAUCUUGCCAAUUUAAUGCGAGUCCACUCUCUGCUCAUCCUGCAAUUUUUUUUGGCGAAACGUGAAAACGUGAAAAAUCCACCAUUUUUUUUUUUUUUUGAAAACAAAGAGAAUCGAAGAUACAAUGAAGAACAACAAUACGAGGAGGGAUAGAACGAAAAAUCAUCAAGAAUGACGAUACCAAGCAAUUAUACCACGUACAUGUUACCAGCUUGCGAUAAUCUGACCAACUUCUUCAAUCACUCUCGUGAUCUAACCCUUGACUCGAGAUUAUGGAACACGAGCGAGUUGAGCCAUCCCUUUCAUUCUUACAAUUUAAAAAACAUAACGUGUUUGGAACACGCGCCACACUCAAACAGCAACACCCUCUUUAAAUCUGUCAUAUUGAGCAUCAUGGCGGUCAUCAGCAUAUUGGCCAACCUGGUCACCAUAUACUCGAUCGUCAGGUGUCGACGAAGACACCACUCUUGGUCGGCGAUUUACACGUUGAUCCUGCAGCUAGCUGUAGCCGAUCUCUUCGUAUCAGUGUUCUGCAUAGGCGGAGAAGCGAUGUGGAAUUACACCGUGGAAUGGAUAUGGGGAAACGUUGCGUGCAAAUUGUUCAAAUUCUUUCAGGUGUUCAGCCUGUAUCUGAGCACGUUCGUGCUGGUACUGAUCGGUGUGGACAGAUUCUUUGCCAUAAGAUAUCCUAUGAAAGGGAUGAACACAGCUGAGAGAUGUUUGAAGUUCAUCAUCGUGGCGUGGAUACUAUCCUUUCUACUGUCACUGCCUCAGAUUAUCAUAUUCCACGUUGUCCAAGGGCCGUUCGUCGAGAAAUUCGAGCAAUGCGUGACCUAUGGAUUUUACACAGAGCCCUGGCAGGAACAGCUCUACGUAUCGUUCGGUUUGUUCUCCAUGUUUCUUCUGCCUCUUGGCAUCCUCAUCGCCACCUAUGUUUUCACCAUAAUUACAAUAUCUCGGAGCGAAAGAAUGUUCAAAGUGAAAUUGGCCAAUAACGAUAUAUGCCACGUAAACGGGGAUGUAAAUCGAAGAAAAUUAAUGUAUCGAGCAAAAGCUAAAUCAUUGAGGAUCAGUAUCGUUAUAGUGACUGCCUUUAUAUUUUGGUGGACACCGUAUUACACAAUGAUGAUCAUAUUUAUGUUCUCUUGUCCCGAUAAACAUUUUAGCGAUGAACUACAAAACAUUAUCUUCUUCUUUGGCAUGAGCAACAGUUUGGUAAAUCCUCUGAUAUAUGGGGCGUUUCAUUUGUGGCCGAGAAAGCGUCGGAAUUUCAUCCACAGGGAAAUAUCUACGACGCAACGCAGAUUUACGCCAACCAGUUAUGGGAGUAGCUAUAGACGAGAUUCACGAGAAACGCGUAUACCAAUUUUACCAAAAAAUUAUUGAAAUCGUGUCCAUAAAUCGUAACUCGAUAGAUCUUUGUCGUGUAAGUUUCAAUAAGUUAUUGAUAUUUAUAAAAAAAUUUUAAUAGAUGGAUGUAAAUAUGUAUAUUUGCUUAAUAUAGUUAUAAGAUGAAGAAUUUCUGUUAUUCAAUGUUGAAUUAUAUAACUCUACAUAUGUAAAGUAGUUUAUCUUUCGUAAUUAAUAUAAUGAUUAUUAUAUUUUGUAAGAUGCGUUUUUAUAAAAAUAUGUCAUUAAAAUAAGGAUAAUUCUUGUAGUAUUAUAUAAAUGUACAAAAAUAAAAUUAUACGUUAAUAAAAAAUUAAAUUAAGAGUACAAAUAAAA